AUGAGGUCAUCGAUCAACGGUUCAGACACGUGUAUCGCCGGAAGCAUCGCCGAUCGAUGGCCACGAUUCAGAGCUUAUAUUUUUAGUUAUUCAUGCAUUUUCAGUUUUCAGGGUCAUGUAUCAUUGUAUGAGGUUAAUAAUGUUCUAAACGAAUGUUCUAACGAAGUAUUAUUAUCAACGUCUCCUUCGCUUACUUGUUCGAGCUCUGAGGCGAUGGCGUCCUCUCUGUCUUUCAUUCCUAGCAUCCCAUCAACCGCCAUCGCACCGAGAGGACGGAGAGGUCACUGCUUCUCCGGCGCGCUAUCGCCGGUUUUACCCUUCUUCUUGCUCAGCCAAACAAGCCGGCCGCUGUCCAAUUUCCGGCCAGCAGCGCCAGUGUCCGCCCUGCUAGCAGAGCAGGAGACCUUUCCCAAGCCAACGACGACGCCUCCGCCGUCUCUUCCCUUUCGAGUCGGGCAUGGUUUUGACCUUCACCGACUCGAGCCGGGCUACCCGCUAAUCAUCGGUGGCAUCAAAAUCGCCCAUGACCGCGGAUGCGAAGCUCACUCGGACGGGGAUGUGUUGCUUCACUGCGUGGUAGAUGCUAUUUUGGGUGCAUUGGGGCUUCCGGACAUUGGGCAAAUUUUCCCUGAUAACGAUCCUAAAUGGAAGGGCGCUGCUUCCUCCGUGUUCAUUAAAGAGGCUGUUAGGCUUAUGCGUGAGUCUGGUUAUGAACUGGGAAACUUGGAUGCCACCCUUAUUCUUCAGAAGCCGAAGCUGAGCCCACAUAAGGAAACCAUUAGAGCCAAUUUAUGUGAACUGCUCGGUGCCGAUCCUUCUGUCGUUAAUAUCAAAGCAAAGACCCAUGAAAAAGUGGACAGUCUUGGCGAGAACCGUAGCAUUGCUGCUCACACUGUUGUGCUUCUCAUGAGGAAAUAACGGUCAGAAUGUUUAUCCUGUAAUCUCUUCAUUCUGCAAGCAAUAAAUAUAUUGCAUGUUUACUUCACUCAUUGGUUAAACUCCUUAUAAAUGUACAUAUUACUACUCGAUUCUUUAUCUGUUUAUUAGGAUUUGUUCAGAUAGAAAUGGCCGUGAAGUUCUCUA